CAAUCAAAUAGCGGCGCCGUAGGACACCGCCAAGAUUAGUUUGAUGGCUAACUCAACAAUAUAGCUGUGGGCUUGUAGUGGUUCCGCUAGCUAACCUCCACAGCGAGCGAGCUAGCUAGCCAGCCUAUCACCUAACACCUCCUCCUCAUCCACCACCACCACCAGCAGCAGAGUCCCGAACCCGAACCCGGCGUUCACGACCUCUACAGCAGUAGUAACCCCCAAAACUUAGAAUGGCGACCCGGAGUGUGGAAACCUAGCUGAAAGGGAAAGCAGACCAGAAGCAGAGACGUGCAGCGGAGAAGACGCUCUUCGCAGCUUCUGCAAGAGCCAAACAUGAUGGCAAGAGAUGGUGGUCUGAAAGAAACCAGUGGAGAGCUAAGGGUUUUUACCACUCAGAAUGUGAAUCCUGGAACAGGUGCCGUGGUGUCUCUGGUGACUCUCCAUCCAACCAGCAUUAAGCAGAUGAUGCCUAAAGCAGUCGGUGCCUCUGGCGUUAACAUGCUUUCACAUGUGGUGAUUGGCACUCCUCAGAGGCCUACUGCUCCAGCUAGUGCUGCUCUGUUAACCAGCCCCAGAACACCUAGUGCUCAGUUCCUCACACCACAGACACACACACGAGAGGCUUCACCGUGGUCCAGUGGACGCAGCAGUAGAAGAGGGGAGAAGAAUGGAAAAGGCUUGAGACAUUUCUCCAUGAAGGUGUGCGAGAAGGUUCAGAAGAAAGGUGUAACUUCCUAUAAUGAGGUCGCAGAUGAGCUGGUGACCGAGCUAAGUUCAGGAGACAACAUCUCUCCUAACGAAUCACACGUGUAUGACCAGAAGAACAUUCGGAGACGGGUAUAUGAUGCACUAAACGUCCUAAUGGCGAUGAACAUCAUCUCCAAAGACAAGAAGGAAAUCAAAUGGAUCGGCUUCCCAACCAAUUCCGCUCAAGAGUGCAAGGACCUGGAGGCUGAACGCCAGAGACGACUUGAAAGAAUCAAACAGAAACAGUCUCAGCUUCAAGAGCUUAUAUUACAGCAAAUAGCUUUCAAGCGCCUGGUACAAAGGAAUCGCGAGGCAGAGCAGAAGAAUCACAGGCCUCCUCCCAACACAGUCAUCCACCUCCCCUUCAUCAUAGUGAACACCAGCAAGAAGACAGUCAUCGACUGCAGCAUUUCAAAUGACAAGUUCGAGUACCUGUUCAACUUCGACAACAUGUUCGAGAUCCACGAUGACAUUGAGGUGCUGAAGCGCAUGGGCAUGGCGUUCGGGCUCGAGUCGGGCAAAUGCACGUCGGAAAAUCUAAAGAUAGCCCGGACCCUUAUACCUAAAGCUAUGGAGCCCUUUGUAACAGAUAUGGCACAGGGAGUCCACAGACAGAUUAAUGGAGGCUUUUCUCAUACAAACAGAAACCAGCUAUUCACAAGAACAACAAACAAACAUGAUAACGGUGCCGUUGCGACCAUGGCCUCAAGCUCCAACAGCUCGUGCCACGGCAGCUCUCGCGACACUCCGGCGUCCUUCCUGGAGGACGAGGAGGAGGAUGAAGAUGACGAUGAUGAGGACUUCGACGAUGACGACGAUGAAGAUUAAUUCGCUCACCAUUGCCUCAUUCAGCGAGUUUAUAGAUGUGGGUGGGGCGAGAUGUCAGUUUUGAAGAGAGGUCUCUGUUCUUCUGGAAGCUCUAAAAUGCCCCUUGUGCUCGUACGUUCUAACGAGCAGCUGCCUUGUAAAAAAAAAACCCCAGUGGUGCUGUGGAGAAAUUUUUUAUACAGUGUUUUGUUACCAAACACCC